AUGCCACUGGAGAAAAAAGUGCGUCCUUCUUCAGCUUUGGGAAAAUUAGAAACCCUACAUGUCCCCAGGCCAGUGGGCAACUCCAAGGAUGGAAACCAGCAGCCUGAAUGGUUGGCGCGAGAGCUGCUGAAGCAGAACAGGCGAAGACAUUCUGUUACACUUGGAGAUAAGGCUCAUCUUACCACACGACCACUCCUCAAAGCCGAUUUAACUCACAGCCCCGGCAGCCUCAAGACUGAUCAGGUAUCUCUCGAAGACCUCCAGAAACUAAAACGGGCAUUUGAGGAAUUUGAAAUGGGUGGCUUGAGAUCCAUGGAUGAGAAGAAUUUUGGCUGCAUAGUGAAGAAGUGUUUGAAUUUGCAUAACACUAGCAAUACACAAAUUCAAGAGCUAUUCAAGAAGAUCGAUUAUUCAGGCCAGGGAAGGAUUUCGUGGGAUGAGUUCUGCACGUACAUGCAGUUGGAGUACAGAGCGACGGAGGAAUGUGUGGCACGCAGUAAGCAGGCGGCCUUCACUCUGCCCGCCACAAUCAAGACCGUGUGUCACGGCGUUCCCGUUGCAAAAAUCCACUCCACCCCUGAUGACACGAUCCUUACGGUGCAAGAAGAUGGGUCUGUUUGCUGCUGGAGCCCUGGACUUCAACUACAGAAGACCAAAAGCGUGUUUCAUGAAAGACCUGCAACUAGGAGCUCAAAGUGGGCAACCGAUUUUAUUCCUAUGAUACAGUACAGCAAGCUGAUCAUUGCAACAGGGGACAGAGAGAUCCAAAUGUACGAGCUUUCCUCUCUGGAGCCUUACUGCCAGAUUACCGCUCUAGAGACGCUGCCUCUGACAUUAGACUGCUGCGACACCGGCCCUGACGAAUGUGCCAUUGUGUAUGGAGACGACCAGGGCUGCGUGAAUAUCAUAUUAAUGUCUUCUGCUGGACAAAUCCUGAGAUUAUGGCAUAAAUUACCCAAGACUGAGAAUAUGCCCAGUAUAGGAAUUGACCAAGCAGUGCUUUCUCCGGACGUGACUUAUAUCCGAUGGAAGGUCCAUCAGGACUGGGUGACACAGGCAAAAUAUUUUCACAAUAUCAACGCCGUUGUUUCCACUUCAGAUGAUGAGGCAUCUGCUGUUGUUAUAGGCUGUGUGCUCCCGUCAACCAACAUCGAGCAGCAGCUGAGGGAGAUCACAGAAGCCUGUUGUGAGGGCAAGGACAAGAAGGUGCAGCCAAACUGGACCCCACAGCCCCGGGCGUCCUACGACCAGACAGUCUUCACCGUUUACAAAGGCGUCAAGACCUUUGACCUUUGCAAGAGACACAACCUGCUGGUGACCGGAGGCAUGGACAGACUCGUGCGCAUGUGGAACCCUUACUGUCCUGGGAAACCGACCGGGGUUUUGAAGGGACACUCUGCCCCCAUCUUCUACCUCUGCAUCUCGUCAGAGGACAAUCGGCUCUUCCCUGUUUCCAUGGACUGCACUGUUAAAAUCUGGCAUAUUCGAGAUCAAUCUUGCCUGUUUACGGCGAACACCAGAGCCAGUGGGAUUGAUGGUGACAUAUCUGCAUGCUUCUAUUCUCCCUCUGUGAAAUCCCUUUAUAUUGCAGCAGACUACAUGGCUUUACUCCCUCUUAAGAUAAGGCCACAGCUCCACCGCCAUGUGAUUGUUUCACAUAAUGAGCCUGUGAUGUGCUGUGGCUAUAGUGAGGAGCUUCGUCAAGUUGUCAGCUGCACUGAGGGAUCUGUUGUGAAAGUCUGGGAUUUUGACACUGGACAUCAAGUUUUUGAGUUUGGUGGUGCACACGGCCCAUCUACUGUUACAUGCAUGACUUUUGACCCCAAGGGGAGGAGACUCAUCACAGGGGGGCAAGAUGGCUGCCUAAAGAUCUGGAACUUCAACAACGGCCGCUGCCUAAAGACACUAAAGAGAGAUGCUGAAUGUCGCAAGGUGUGCGACUGCACCUAUCUGAAAGUCCACAGGAACCCCUACGUGGUGUCUGUCGGCUGGGACCGGAAGAUUGACAUAUACUCAGACACACCUGAGGACCCUCAUCAUGUCCAGAGGCUGCAGGCUGCAUGGCAGGAUGAUCUGAGAAAAGACCAUAAGGAUGACAUGCUUUGCAUUGCACAGUGUCCCCCGUCUCUCCUGGCCACCGGCAGCCAUGACGGAGAGAUCAUCGUGUGGAACGUGGUGUCUGGACAUACACAGUGUCGCUUCCACAGCCCUCUUCCUCCUGAAUACCAAAAUGUUCAAGGAGUGGAUAAAAGUGUUCCAUGCAUCAUUUUCCUGAGGAUCUCCACCGUACGUGGGGGGUCGUCCUCUAUCACGGCUCUUUUGUCAGCCGGGGCCGGAGGUUCUAUUAAUUUCUGGAAUGUGCUCAGAGGAGGACAAUUUGUGAGCAGCUUUGAAGCUUCCAGAUUCCAACAAAAGAUAACCCGCCUGGCUAAAACACAAGGGGACGCACGGCUGUACGUGGCUGACCAGAUUGGUUACAUCUACAUUUACAACAUGGAGGAAUUUGCUUUUGGCCCAGAGCAAAAGCCACCAAGAGCAGGAAAAUACUGGCGUGCCCACACCAGCAGGAUUACAGGUCUGCAGAUUGUUGACAAUGAUCAAGUGGUGCUUACCUCAUCCACUGACUGCACUGUGCGCCUGUGGAGUGCCCACGGAGAAUUCAUAGGGACAUUUGGGCAAUCAGAGCCGUGGAACGUCUAUAUUUCCUCUUCCUGGAAGCAUCCUGCUGUCCCCUAUGAGAUUCUGAUUGACCCUCUGAGCUUGCCAGUUCAUGAAAUCCUGAAUGGAAAUACAUGUGUUUCUAAUGCCAUUAGUCCUGACAAGGAGGCUGAGGCUGAUGGAGAGGAACUAAAGCCAGAAUCACACAGCAAUCUACAACAUCCUGCGCCAUCCAUCAGCAACACAGAUGUUGAUGAAGAGAUUAAAAACAUGCAAUACCCGGAGGAACACGAGAAGUGGCUCUGCCAUGAAAUAAUCAAGCACAGUGCCAAGCUAAUGAACCACAGCGGGCUGGAGUGCUUUGAUAUUGUAGAACCACCAAACAUAUGUGUAAGAUCUGACCCCUCCCUCGCUGGUAUUGAUCGCUUCCGAUGCAGCACAGAGAAACUGGAGUCAACUGAAUAA